AUGGAGCCCACUGAGCUAGUCCGGCUACCAGAUGAACCCGCCGCCGCUACAAAUGCAGAUAUAGCACCGGAUAGUGAACUACCUGACUAUACCACAGGAUCAUGGUCAUCGCGAUGUGGUGCCUCUAGACCCCAUUUGGUGGGCUCUCCAACAAACUUUGCGGUGGGCUUUCCUGCAGCACCCCCCAACGUGCCAGCCAGUGACUCCAUCAAGUCCCCCCAGUCUCCAGCAGAAGAGUGGGAGGGCUCUGGGACCAUCGCUUAUAUUACCGACAAAUCCAUCAAGAAGUUCCUGAAUCUGCCUCCGGAGGUCCACCAGCGCCUCCAGCUCGCGAGUGCCCAGCUCGCUGCUGAGCAUAUGAUUGCCCGAGGGGCAGCAGAAGCAGAGAGCGAGUCACUCGGCCAGUGGCAGCGUGGCCGUCGACUGCCAAUCCAUAUCUCACCAAAUUCCGCCGUUCAUCAGUAUGAGUUGGCUCGUUUCGAGCUUGAUCGUCAAGCCGGCCUUGUACCCAUGGCAAAGCCGGUGCCUACUGUGUCAAAACGAGUCAAGCCACAGAUCCAACCCCAUGAAAUGGCAGAAUUUCCGUACUUGCAUCAGGUUGUCUCUGAUAUCAAAUCCUGGAGCAUCUCUCGUAGCCGCCUCGAACAGUUGGAGGAGCUGCGUAUCCUGCUGUGCAGCUGGACUCAUGAUGCUGUCGUUGACAAAGUGAAACAAAACCAGCAGGGCGUCCAAACCGGACCCUUCUCGAUCGCUCUGAAGUGCUUCGGCAGCUAUCGCUCGGGCUAUGCCCUUGUUGAAUCUGAAAUGGAUCUAAUCACAAUCACGGAGAACCUGCCUGCUUAUAUCAAGCAGAAUCUGCCACUUAUCAUGGCUCAGUCAUUUCAAGCCCAUGGCUUUGCAUCUUAUCUUUUACCCAGUAUCGAGCAUGACCGCUGCAUGUUCCUCCGAGUUUGUCAACACCCAUCCAAGCAGUUCUGCCAGAGGCUUGAAUGGGAGUAUCAAGACCUGAAAAAUGCCAAGGAGUUGAAAGCAUUUGCCAUCUCACCUCUUGCCUGCUGUGAUAAAAACACCCCAUCACUUCAUUAUAACAUUUAUUUUGACCGCAUAGAGACGCUGGCAUACCGGACUGAUCUUCUCAGAGGCUAUAGGGCCUGUGAUGACCGCGUCUAUGAAAUAACAGUAAUAGUGAAACGAUGGGCAAAAGCACGCAGAAUCAAUAACCCUUAUAAUGGCACCUUGUCUUCAUAUGGAUACACGCUCAUGGUACUGCACUAUCUGAUGAAUGUUGUAAAGCCACCUGUUAUUCCAAAUCUGCAUAGAUAUGCACUACCAGAGGGCGCCACAGAGCAGGACACAUCCUUUACCCGCAGUCUUAGAGUGAUUUCUCAAGAAGCAGCAAUUGGCAAUAUUACCACCAACACUCAGUCAACUGCCUCACUUCUCUAUGGCUUCUUCGCUUACUACUCUUCUGUCACCAACGACCCAGAUCUAUACCCACGGCGUAGGCACAUGCCCUGGUUCCACUGGAGAGAAGGAGUGGCUUCCAUUCGCGGGCCAUACACCAAGAAGACAUCAAAGGGCUGGGUAACUUACUUCAAGGACGUGAACGGUACUGUACACAACAAUUUACUCGCCAUCGAGGAUCCGAUCACACGAAACAUCAAUGUCGCGGAUAAAGUCACGCUGGUCGGAGUAUAUUUGAUACGGGACGAAUUUGCGCGCGCAUUCCGCAUCGUCUCACUUGCCAGGCCAAUGCCAGGCACAGAUUUGGCGUGGCAGACGCCGGACGGCGCCAGAUGCGAGGAUCUUUUUGCUGAGCCCACUGCUAAAGCCAAGCUUUGA